GACGUCAGUUAGUCGACAACCAUCGAGCGGUGCAGUUGAGUUAAAGCGCAACUGAAGAAAACACAAACACACACACACAGAACAAAAUGGAUAGCAAGCAGCCUCCACCAUACAACACGAUCCAGCAGCCGCAGCCGCAGCCUGGCUACAUACCCGCACAGACCUAUCAGCCGUAUCCCAGUGGACCCACCCAGCCACCACUAUAUCCACCGAUGCCACAGCCACCGCCAGCACAACCGCCACAGACUGUGAUCAUCCAGACAACAACCACAUCCAAUCUGACACCAAUUGGCAGCGGACCAACGCGCAUUCGUUGUCCUUCCUGCCACGCCGAUGUGGUGACCACUGUGAAGAGUACACCAUCUGGACGCACGCAUUGCUGGGCUCUGAUACUUUGUCUGUUUGUCUGUUGGCCUUGCGUCUGUUUGCCCUACUGCAUGGACUCUUGCCAGAAUGCCGAUCACUCCUGUCCCAACUGCGGUUCUUACAUUGGCACCUUUGAGAACUAACCGUAUAUAUAGUAUAUAUAUAUUCAAUAUAUUUACCUAUGUUUGUACAUUCCAUUUUAACCUCUAAAUGAAAUUCAACCACUGCGAUCGUUGAUUAAGCGCUCUUAAAACGAAAUACUGUAUAUAUAAAACAAUAAAUUAUUACGUAUACGUAAAUGCA